GUGCUUUUCUCAACCAAGGGUGUAGAUAACUGUUACUGGCCCAAGCGUGCUCAGAUCCAGAUCAAGUCGUUGGCAUUGGGCUCAACUUCAGACAAAGAAAUGCGCUACGACAACUCCACGGUCUCGGAGCAGACACCGCUCCUGAGGGAACAGGCUCAACCCCCAGGCACUAACACCCAUGAACAUGAUGACAGCGCAGUCGACCCAGGACAGGAGCCCCAGUUCAAGGAACUAAUUCUAAUUCUUGGAUGUAUAUGGUUGGGUGUAUUCCUGGCUGCACUAGAUACAACAAUCGUUGCAACUCUCACUGCGCCCAUUUCGUCAUCGUUCAAUUCCUUCUCUCUACUUUCUUGGCUAGCCACAUCGUACCUGAUCUCCAAUGCUGUAUUUCAACCGCUGAGCGGCCGCUUGACCGACAUCUAUUCGCGACGCGCUGGUCUAAUUUUUUCGAACGUGUUCUUCGCUGCAGGGAACUUGAUAUGUGGUUUGGCCAAGAGCGAAGGUACCAUUGUAUUAGGCCGUGUUGUGGCAGGAAUAGGAGGCGGUGGUCUGACGGCUAUCUCGACAUUUGUCACAUCGGAUCUAGUUCCUCUUCGCAAACGAGGUGUCUGGCAAGGCAUUGGUAACAUCUGUUAUGGAGCGGGAAGUGGACUCGGCGGUGUCUUCGGAGGAUGGAUCAACGACACUCUGGGAUGGAGAUGGGCUUUCUUGAUUCAGGUGCCCUUUGUUGUCGUAUCAGGCAUCCUUGUUGCCGUGACGGUGAAGAUACCCGUCAAGGAAGCGGACACGGCCAAGUUGAAGCGGGUCGACUUCUUGGGAGCUAUCACCCUGGUCAUUACACUUGUGUUAUUGCUACUUGGACUUAAUACUGGGGGUAAUCAGGUGCCAUGGACUCAUCCGUUGAUCCUCACGACAUUGCCGCUUUCCGCCGUGUUUCUCUUCAUCUUCAUUCAUAUCGAGGCAAACAUUGCGUCCGAACCAGUCAUCCCUGUGCGUCUGCUUCUCGACCGGACCGUAUCCUCGGCCUGUCUUACCAACUGGUUCAGUACCAUGGCGAUCUUCGGACUCCUCUUCUACCUCCCCUUGUACUUUCAGGUUGAGGGACUAUCGGCCACUGCCGCUGGCGUCAGGCUGAUACCCCAGGCGCUUGGGACAUCCCUUGGCUCUCUUGCUUCGGGGUUUCUCAUGCGUGCUACCGGACGGUACAAGAUAUUUAGCAAUCUUUCCAUGAUUCUUCUCGUCGCUGCAGGUGCCAUGAUCUGCACUCUGAAUCUGGCAACGCCUGCUUGGAUCCCUUUUGUCUACUUCUUCUGCCUAGGCACGGCUUACGGCAGUAUGCUCACCGUCACCCUUGUGGCACUUAUUUCUGCUGUCGACCACGAACAUCAUGCUGUCAUUACAUCCGCAUCCUAUGCAUUCCGCAGCACAGGCAGCACCAUCGGUAUCACCAUUGCAUCUGCAGUUUUCCAAAAUAUCUUGAAGUCGGGGCUGUGGUCGCGCUUCGGUGAUCGCGAGCAUGCCCGAGAGAUUAUCUCACGCAUCAGGGACAGUUUGGACGAGAUCAAUAAGGUUCCCAAGGAUUGGAAGGCAGGAGUUCUAGACGCUUAUAUGGAUUCCUUGCGGGCGGUUUUCCUGACAUUACUUGGACUCAGCGUCUUGGGGGCCUUGGUCAGCAUGGCCAUGCGGGAGCACAAGUUGCACAACAAUCUGGCCCGAAGGGACGGUGAAUAGUCAUGCUAUUCAUGUUAUAAAUAGGCGGGUAUAUAUAUUUAGGUAGGCGCUAGAUAAGCUGCCUAUUGUCUUUUAAUGCAGCUAGUUCUGCUACUGGCAC